GCGCCUAGAGCCCCGGCCAGACGGACGCGCUAGUGCCGGGCUGCGAGGAGCGGCGCGCGGGGCCAUGGAGCUGUGAACGUCCGUUCUUGCCCCGCUCGCCGCGCAGAGCCCCGCAGCCAGGCUCCUCCAUGGCCGGCACGUAUAGCUCUACCCUGAAGACUCUGGAGGACUUGACCUUGGACUCCGGGUAUGGGGCCGGGGACUCUUGCCGCUCUCUUAGUCUGUCUUCGUCCAAGUCCAACUCGCAGGCGCUCACGUCGUCGGCGCAGCAGCACCGGGGGGCGGCCUGGUGGUGCUAUUCGGGCUCCAUGAACAGCCGCCACAACAGCUGGGACACCGUCAACACCGUGCUGCCCGAGGACCCCGAGGUGGCGGACCUCUUCUCGCGCUGUCCGCGGCUGCCGGAGCUGGAGGAGUUCCCCUGGACGGAGGCGGACGUGCUGCGGGUGCUGCGCAAAGGCGCCGGGCCGCGCCGGUUGCCCCACUUCUCGGCGGAGGCCGGGCGGCGCGUGGCGCUGCUGCUGCGCCGGGCGCUGAUCCGCGUGGCCCGCGAGGCGCAGCGCCUGAGCGUGCUCCACGCCAAAUGCACCCGCUUCGAGGUGCAGAGCGCCGUGCGCCUCGUCCACAGUUGGGCCCUGGCCGAGAGCUGCGCGCUGGCGGCCGUUAAGGCGCUGUCGUUCUACAGCAUGAGCGCCGGCGACGGGCUGCGCCAGGGCAAGUCCGCGCGCUGCGGCCUCACCUUCUCCGUGGGGCGCUUCUUCCGCUGGAUGGUGGACACCCGCAUCUCGGUGCGCAUCCACGAGUACGCAGCCAUCACGCUCACGGCGUGCAUGGAGAACCUGGUGCAGGAGAUCCGGGCCCGGGUGCUGACGGCCAGCCAGAGCCCCGACGGCGGGAGCGGGGAGGUGUCGGCAGAGGCCCUGGAGAUGGUGAUCAAUAACGACGCCGAACUCUGGGGGGUCCUGCAGCCCUACGAGCAUCUGAUCUGCGGCAAGAACGCGAACGGUGUCCUCUCCCUGCCUGCCUACUUCAGCCCUUAUAAUGAUGGCUCCCUGGGCAACGAUGAGCGAGCCGACGCCUAUGCCCAGCUGGAGCUGCGGACGCUGGAGCAGUCCUUGCUGGCUACCUGCGUCGGGAGCAUCUCGGAACUGAGUGAUUUGGUUUCCCGGGCCAUGCACCACAUGCAGUGCCAUCAUCCCCUGUGCCCCGGCACCAGCCCGGCCCGCCAGGCCCGCCAGCCUCAGCAGCCCAUCAGCUGGUCUCCCGACGCCCUGCACACGCUCUACUAUUUCCUGCGCUGCCCACAGAUGGAGUCCAUGGAGAACCCCAACCUGGACCCGCCGAGAAUGACCCUGAACAACGAACGACCCUUCAUGCUCCUCCCUCCACUGAUGGAAUGGAUGCGCGUGGCCAUCACCUACGCGGAACACCGUCGUAGCCUGACCGUGGACAGCGAUGACAUCCGGCAGACGGCCCGAUUACUCCUCCCCGGCCUGGACUGCGAGCCCCGGCAGUUAAAGCCUGAAUGUUGCUUCAGUUCCUUUCGGAGACUCGACGCCAAAGCAGCCACCGAGAAGUUCAACCAAGAUCUAGGUUUCCGGAUGCUCAACUGUGGCAGGACGGAUCUCAUCAACCAAGCCAUCGAGGCCUUGGGGCCCGACGGGGUGAACACCAUGGAUGACCAGGGGAUGACCCCGCUGAUGUACGCCUGUGCUGCCGGGGACGAGGCGAUGGUCCAGAUGCUGAUAGACGCGGGAGCGAACUUGGACAUCCCGGUCCCGAGCAGUUCUCCCCGGUACCCGUCGGUCCACCCCGACAGCCGACACUGGACCUCCCUGACGUUCGCCGUGCUCCACGGACACAUCUCGGUCGUUCAGCUGCUGCUCGACGCCGGUGCCCACGUGGAGGGCUCCGCGGUAAACAGCGAGGAGGAAAGCUACGCAGAAACCCCCUUGCAGCUGGCCUCGGCAGCAGGGAACUACGAGCUGGUCAGUUUGUUGCUGAGCCGGGGAGCUGACCCUCUCCUGAGCACGCUAGAAGCCAACGGGAUGGCCUCCUCCCUCCACGAGGACAUGAAUUGCUUCAGCCAUUCCGCAGCCCACGGGCACAGAAAUGUCCUGAGAAAGCUCCUGACCCAGCCACAGCAGUCAAAGGCCGACGUCCUCUCCCUGGAGGAGAUUUUGGCCGAGGGCGUGGAGGAGAGCGACACUUCCAGCCAGGGCAGUAGCAGCGAGGGCCAGAUCCGGCUCUGCAGGACCAGGAUGAAGGCUCUGCAGGAGGCCAUGUACUACAGUGCAGAGCACGGCUACGUGGACAUCACCAUGGAGCUGAGGACCCUCGGUGUCCCCUGGAAGCUCCACGUCUGGAUCGAGUGUCUGAGGACGUCCUUCUCUCAGUCUCGAUACUCUGUGGUCCAGAGUCUGUUGAGGGAGUUUAGCACCAUCAAAGAGGAAGACUACAACGAGGAGCUGGUGACCGAAGGCCUCCAGCUCAUGUUUGACAUCCUCAAGACCAGCAAAAACGACUCCAUCAUCCAGCAGCUGGCCAGCGUCUUCACCCACUGCUACGGCAGCAGCCCCAUCCCCAGCAUCCCGGAGAUCAGGAAGACCCUGCCGGCCCGCCUAGAUCCUCAUUUUCUGAACAACAAGGAGAUGUCAGACGUGACCUUUCUGGUGGAAGGGAAGCUGUUUUACGCACACAAAGUCCUGCUGGUGACUGCUUCCAACAGGUUCAAGACCCUGAUGACCAAUAAGUCCGAGCAAGAUGGCGACAGCAGUAAGACCAUCGAAAUCAGCGACAUGAAGUAUAACAUUUUCAAGCUGAUGAUGCAGUAUCUCUACUACGGAGGAACCGAGUCCAUGGAAAUCCCCACCGCUGACAUCCUCGAGCUGCUGUCGGCCGCCAGCUUGUUCCAGCUCGACGCCCUGCAGAGACACUGUGAGAUCAUGUGCUCGCAGACCAUCAGCAUGGAGAGCUCCGUGAACAUCUACAAGUACGCCAAGAUCCACAACGCGCCCGAGCUGGCUCUGUUCUGCGAGGGCUUCUUCCUGAAGCACAUGAAGGCCCUGCUGGAGCAGGACUCGUUCCGGCAGCUCAUCUACGGCCGCAGCAGCAAAGUGCAGGGACUGGACCCCUUACAGGACCUCCAGAACACGCUGGCCGAGCGCGUGCACUCGGUGUACAUCACCUCCCGGGUGUGAGCGGGCCCCGGCCCGGGGCCGCCCGCUGCCGGCCAGCCCUCCCACAGCGGGAGGGGAAACGGCUUGGCUUCUGCGCAGCUGGGGGCACCGAGGGCAGCCGCCGGCCAUCCUGUCGUGGGGGAGACCCGUCCCUCGGCACCGAGAACUCUCCAUGGGGAAGGAAAGGGCUGUGGCAAGGGCUGGCCAGGAUGGCGCCGGCCUCGUGGGCUCCGUGGGCAUCCGUGGCCCCAGAGGAGUCGUGUCUCUCUCUGGCAGAGCUUGGCCGGCUCCCCGUCUCGCCGCUCGUGUACAUCUCUCUGUCCCUGCCCAUCUCCGCCUGCGCCGGGCUCAGUGUGCCCCCCAGGUGGGCACUCGCUCAAGCUGAAAGGGCUGAUGCUCUUCCGCCCCAAAGGUCCCUCCUGCCGCUCUGCCCUGUGCCCCCUUUGCAGGUAGCGGCCAUCUUCCUUUGGGCCGCCUCUCCCCCUCAGUUCUGUGGAUUCACCCGCGGCAGGACGAGGGUGGGCAGGGGGAUGGGGAGCCGGCUUUCCUGAGUGCAAUGGCAGGGCUCCCCCGUCCCCCGCCUUCCCCCGCCCCUGCCCCCGAGGGGGCUGCCCGUGCUCCGGCGCGAGUCUGCGGUUGCCCUCUGGCUGGGGACGGUGGGGGGAGAGGUCGGGGACAGAGACGGGCCCUCGGGACGGGGUGGGGACGGCCGGUUUUUAGUUGGAAGGGAAAGGAUCGUAAGUGGAGGAAGGUGGGAGGUGAGAGGGCAGCAAGAGGGAGCUCACAGCUCCUUCAGAGGCCAGGGGCGGGGGGAGAGUCCGGGUACGGGCCGGGGCUGGAGCAGAGCGUCACCUGGCGGGUCCCAGACCAAGGCCAUGGCCCCGGCUCGGGCCGGAAGGAGCUUGUCUUUUGUCUCAGGAAAGGGGAAAGGAAGGGCGAGGACCCCACGUUCUGGGGUGGUUCACAUCCAAUAGUUGGCAGGAAGGAGUAAGAGCGAAUGAGAAAGGAGGGGAGGCUGCAAUAUUUCAUCCCACGGCCGCGCUCCCCGGGCCCCCAGACUCGGCACGCUCUGAGAGAGCCAGGCCGGCUGAACUGGGCGCGGAUGGGCCGGAGCGAGGGGGGGGGCCGCCCGGGCUUCCUUGGGGCUCUAACAAUUUAUUUAUUCACCCACAGCCACGCGUGGGCUUUUGGGGAGGGAGUGGCCCUGCCCCUGGGCAGCCUGGGGAAAAGCCCAGAAUGGCUUGGAAUACUGGAAAAUAUUUUCAAAUUGCUGCUUCGGCAAGAUGUACAAAGGUAUAGGCUCUAUUUUAUUGCUGUAAUAUUGUAUAUGUUAACUGUACAUUAAUUCCUGUUGUCAUUUAUUGUAAAUGUAUCGGGGUUUUAUUAACAAUAAACACUUGUUAACAAGCA